UGCGCGUCCAGAGCGCUGCGCUCCGCCGGACCGUCCACAUCCCCAACAGCACCCAGAAGAGAGGAGACCGUUAUAGGAUGGAGCCGACAUAAAGACAUGAGGAAUACUCUCCACAUCAUCCUUAUCUUCAUCAUCUGAAGCAUAAAGAACUUAAAAAACCGCAGGAGGAAGAGUUUAAAAGAGAGAGCGAGGACUCAGAAAGAGGAACUACAACCUCCGCCUUCAAAAGGACUCAGGAUGGGCUGCGUGGGCUCUAAGAAGGAGCCGCAGCCUGCGGUUAAAAGAUCGGGGAGCGACGACCUGCAGAGCCGCUCACAGACGGCACACUAUGUCAAAGACCCGACGGCCGGCAGCAAAGCUAGUAAAGUGCCGUCCAAUGCAAACUGUUCAGAUGGAGAAAGCAUUGCCAUGGCUCUGUACGACUAUGAGGCCAUCCAUGAAGGAGACCUCGGCUUCAGGAAGGGAGACAAACUGAAGAUCUUAGAGGAGUCGGGGGAGUGGUGGAGAGCAAAGUUGAUCAGUUCGGGUCAGGAGGGUUUCAUUCCCAGUAACUACGUAGCUAAAGACACCCUGGAGGCCGAGGAGUGGUUCUUUAAAGGUGUGAGCAGGAAAGAUGCAGAGCGGCAGCUGCUGGCUUCGGGGAACAAGACGGGAUCCUUCAUGAUCCGAGACAGUGAGACCACCAAGGGAAGCUACUCUCUGUCUGUGCGGGACAGUGACGGUCAGUCUGCUGACACCGUCAAACAUUACAAGAUCAGAACUCUGGACAAUGGAGGAUUCUACAUCUCUCCACGAAACACCUUCAGCACCCUGCAGGACCUGAUCAGCCAUUACAAGAAGCAGGGAGACGGUCUCUGUCAAUCACUGACCAGUCCGUGUCUGAGUCCUAAACCUGAGAAACCAUGGGAGAAAGAUGCGUGGGAGAUCCCCCGAUCCUCACUCAAACUGGAAAGAAAACUCGGAGCAGGACAGUUUGGAGAAGUCUGGAUGGCCACGUACAACAAACACACCAAGGUGGCGGUGAAGACGAUGAAGCCGGGAAGCAUGUCUGUGGAAGCUUUCAUGGGUGAAGCUAACCUGAUGAAGACUCUGCAGCACGACAAGCUGGUUCGCCUGAACGCCGUGGUCACCAAGGAGGAGCCCAUCUACAUCAUCACAGAGUAUAUGGAGAAAGGGAGUUUAUUAGACUUCAUAAAGAGUGAUGAAGGAAACCGCGUCCAGCUGCCGAAGCUCAUCGAUUUCUCUGCUCAGACCGCAGAGGGGAUGGCCUACAUCGAGCAGAGGAACUACAUCCACAGAGACCUGCGAGCUGCAAAUAUCCUCGUCAACAAAGCUCUGGUCUGCAAGAUCGCAGACUUUGGCCUGGCUCGAAUCAUCGAGGACAAUGAGUACACGGCCAGAGAAGGAGCUAAGUUUCCCAUAAAGUGGACGGCUCCAGAGGCCAUCAACUACGGCUCCUUCACCAUAAAGUCUGAUGUGUGGUCCUUCGGCAUCCUGCUCACUGAGAUCAUCAGCUACGGACGCACACCGUACCCAGGAAUGACAAACCCCGAGGUGAUCCGCUCUCUGGAGAAAGGUUACCGGAUGCAACGUCUGGACAGCUGUCCCACCGAACUCUAUGAAAUCAUGCUGGAGUGCUGGAAGAACAAACCUGAGGACCGCCCCACUUUCGACUACCUGCAGAGCGUCCUGGAGGAUUUCUACACAGCCACAGAGAGCCAGUACCAGCAACAGCCAUGACACCUCUAACAUCCAAAACACACACACACACACACACACACACACACACACACACACACACACACACACACACACACACACACACACACACACUCCAUCUGUCCUGCUCCUCUCUUUGAUCCACACACUCUUAAUAAACGUUAAUGAGGAGAGAAGCUUCUGUUUUAUUCUCUCUGACUUCUCUGAGCUCUGAUAUCAGAAAGUGGAACCACAAACGUGCAGAGAUUAUAAAAACAAGGUCACAUUACACAUCUCUUUAUUUUAUACAUGAAGCUUAAUGAUGCAGAACAGCAGUCUGCAGAAUCAUGCACGUUAGGAACGUGAUAUUAAUGUUUGAUAAAGUUUGAUAAUGUAAAGGAAAGAUAAACAUCUAUCUCUCUCUUCCCUGAUGUUUUAGUUCAAUCUCUCAUUAAGGCUUAAUAAACAGCAUGGAGGAGACCUGCUGCAACGUUCAUCGUUCAUGAAGAAUCCGGUUUGACUUCACUCAGUUAGGAAUAAAUAGAUAUAUGUGUCUCACCUGAGGGCAGUCACCUGGAUAAACUUCCUUAGAGAGAGGAUCAGGCAGUCACACACUGAUCUCAUUCUGCUCCGUUUGUAUACUCUGCUCUGUCUCUCCUGCAUCGUGCCUUCAGCUCUUACUCUUCCUCCCUCACGCUCUGUACAUAUAGACGUAAUAAAUACAGUUAUUUUAGAGACUUUAAUGUGAUGCACAGCGACUGAUAAUGCUUGUUGAUCCAUGAGACUGUAAUACGUUCAGAUUUCUCCUCUCUGUGUGAAAAUAAUUUAUUACUGCAGGUACAGAUGCGUUUCAGCUCACAGAGUGUCUGUACGCGAUCAUCUCUGAAUAAAGCUUUUAUAACUUUUUA